AUGGAAGUCUCCAAAAGCACUACGAACAAUCAUGACUCCAGUCAUUUCAGUACUGGGAGACUUGUGGAAACGGCAAAGUUUCUGAUGGACGCAAAAUCCAGCUUGUUGGAGGACCUUAACGUUGAAAAUGAAUUGCUGGCAAAAGCCGGGAAUAGUGCCGAAAGCCAGCACAAACACUCUGUACAAAAUGUCUCCAAAGGUGGUAGAGUGCGUGCUGAUAGGGUACGUUCUUACAUUCAUUUUUUUUACCAUUUGAUGGAGGAGGAAGUGGAAAGUGGGAAUAGCACAGGGGGCGUUUAUCAGGGCGUGGAAGGGGUAUACAAUCCACUACAGGUAAUUCGAAAUCGUAAGGCUAAAAAGAAGCAACAUCAUCAACUGCGUAAUGAAGUUGCCUUUUUGAAACCUCCAAUCUUAGCCAUUCGUGACUUUUCCAACCAACCGGAACGGAAUUUUCCAUGGUUUGUCGAUGUGAGUGAAAAAUCUGGUGAUCUCUCUUGGAGAAUGACCAAUUGGGAGCAUCUACGCAGGCCAAAUGGUAAACGAUGGUUUGCUAAAGGUCACGAUAAAGGAUCGCAUUCCACUUCUCAUUCUUCCCCUGGCCAUUUUUACAAGGACUACACCAGCGUGACACCAGGUGAAAUUCAGUCUGGACCUCUAACAAUGGCUUCGGUGUCAGCUUCAGGCUUAGAAUUGCCCUCGAUUUCGAUAGAGAGCGUGGAUCAAAAAGAACCGGAUCAACCGGCACGCUCUUGGGACAAAGCAUUACCCAAAAACAAAAUGUUGCCUCGUCCGGAAUUUCAUGGAAAGGGCAUUGGUGCGCACUAUCUUUUUGAAGACCGUGCUUUACAUGGAAGGGGAUACGCAAGUCAUGAGCAACUAUCGCUCACCCCGCCAACACGGCCUUCCUACCACCAUCGCAAUGCCUCCGAUGUCCAAAUACGAAGUCUCAAACGGCUAUCCAAUGUUGAUACAUCGAGCACGGCAGGUUCGGAGUCCAACCAGGCCCCGUAUGAGUUUUUGGAGCUAAAGAGUCCGUUCAGGCCCACUCCGAAAGAAAAUACCCUUCUCGAAAGUCAAUGCAACGACCUCAAGUAUCUGAGCUGCGCUUGGAACGUAAUGCAUAAUCGGCAAGACACACUCUACACCUUGCGAACACGCCGUGCCAAAAAAGAUGAAUUGAUCACUUUUGAAGACCCAAAUAAGUUUUGCGAGCCUGUUGAGAAAGCACUGGACGAUUUUCAAGGUGAACUGGUUGGAGUAUUGAAAACUUGUGAUAUUUGGAAAUCAAAGUUACUCAACGACUAUUCGAUUCGCGUGGAAAGUCUUCUCUCUUCAAGCGACCGGGUCCUAAGUGACAUCAACACCACAUUGACACUGAGACUCAAAAAAUUGCAAGAAAAAAUCGACAGAUUCGGCACGCUAAGGCGCAUGAACAAGGAGCCGCUAAAAACCUUUUUGUAUCGAGCCUUGGAAGUGUUUAUUGUUUUGGUAUUUUGGACUAUCUGGUUCUGUUUUACGGUACUGAAGAGUGUGAAAUACGUAAUAUUGACAUUAUACAAGAUCGCCAGUUCGGUAGCGUGGUGA